GGGAGAGACGUCAGCCGAGGACCACUUUUUUUCCCCGAAGGGCCCACCCCAUGGGUGGAGUCUCGCUCUCUCUUUCCAGUGGUGGCCGACUUACAGCGGCUAUAAACUCGUGGCGACCGCUGCCCCCGCCGCUCCCCCCCGCGCCGGUCGGGUCCGUGCGUCCGCGCUGCCAGCGAGGAGACGCCUCCCAAGUCCUGGGCCUUCUCCCCUCUGGAAGUCUUCCACUGCGGGGAUUCACUGCGUUAAACAAAAGCAGCCCGGCACCAUGGACCUCGUCGGGCUGCUCAAGUCCCAGUUCCUGUGCCAUCUCGUCUUCUGCUACGUGUUCAUCGCCUCAGGCCUCAUCAUCAACGCUGUCCAGCUCUUCACCCUCCUGCUCUGGCCCGUCAACAAGCAGCUCUUCCGGAAGAUCAACUGCAGGCUGUCCUACUGCAUCUCCAGCCAGCUGGUGAUGCUGCUGGAGUGGUGGUCCGGCACGGAGUGCGUCAUCCACACAGACCCCCGGGCCUACCCCAAGUACGGGAAGGAAAAUGCCAUCGUGGUUCUGAACCACAAGUUUGAGAUUGACUUUCUCUGUGGUUGGAGUCUGGCUGAGCGCUUUGGGGUUUUAGGGGGCUCCAAAGUCCUGGCCAAAAAGGAGCUGGCCUAUGUGCCGAUAAUCGGCUGGAUGUGGUACUUCACGGAGAUGGUCUUCUGCACGCGCAAGUGGGAGCAAGACCGCAAGACCGUCUCACAGAGCCUGCUGCGCCUCCGGGACUACCCGGAGAAGUACUUCUUCCUGAUUCACUGCGAGGGCACCCGGUUCACAGAGAAGAAGCACCAGAUCAGCAUGCAGGUGGCCCAAGCAAAGGGGCUGCCCAGCCUGAAGUACCACUUGCUGCCGCGCACCAAAGGCUUCACCAUCACCGUGAGGAGUUUGAGAAAUGUAGUUUCAGCUGUAUAUGACUGUACACUCAAUUUCAGAAAUAAUGAAAACCCAACGCUGCUGGGAGUCCUAAAUGGAAAGAAAUAUCACGCAGAUUUAUAUGUCAGGCGGAUCCCCCUGGAAGAAGUCCCGGAGGAUGAGGACAGAUGCUCCGCCUGGCUGCACAAGCUCUACCAGGAGAAGGACGCCUUCCAGGAGGAGUACCACAGGACGGGCACCUUCCCUGAGACGCCCCUGGUGCCCCCACGGCGGCCCUGGACACUCAUCAACUGGCUGGUCUGGGCCUCGCUGCUGCUCUACCCCUUCUUCCGCUUCCUCAGCAACAUGAUCAGCAGUGGGUCCUCCCUGACGCUGGCCAGCUUCGUCCUAGUCUUCUUUGUGGCUUCCAUGGGCGUUCGAUGGAUGAUCGGCGUGACAGAAAUCGACAAGGGCUCCACCUACGGCAACGCCGACAGCAAGCAGAAGCAGAACGACUGACUCAGGGCACGGCACCAGCCAGAGGGCACCACGGGGAACUGGCGGACGCUGCCUGUCAUCCUCAGGGGGACCUGCAGCCGAACAGGGUGAGCCCCUGCUGGGAAGGCAGGGCGUCUGAGCGCCGGCUGGGGAGGAAGAUGUUCUUAAAUCUUUCCCCCAUAUG